AUGACUUCUCCAAUAACGCCGCAACAAAGUUACCCCGAUGUAGAGCCGCCUCGUCAUCAGUUGACCGACACAUUGGAGCUUUUACAAAAUGUAAUCAAGGAUAUUGAGAAUGAUGCGUAUAACCCAGAAGUCCGUAGUCUCCUGGACACAAUCGAGACCAAAAUUAAACCAAGACAAGACCCUACUUCACCAGCAGCCGUCACAAACAAUCUCCUUCAAAUCAUCGUCGAGGCAUCUCGCUACCUUGGCGUCGGCCUCGGAAAUGGAACGAUCCAAGGCCUCAAAAUCAAAGCCGCGAAUCUCCAACCCAACACAGCUGUCCUUCCACCUUCUGGCAUCAACGCCAAAGCCGAAAUGCUAGGAGAAGGCAUUACAGCCGAACUGAUCGGGUCUCUGAACUUAAAUUCUUUCUUCCCAACCACCGACGACCAACGAAAUCUCGCGGUCCGCUCCCUCUCACAAGGUCUAGGUAGUGGAGCAGCAGCAGGACUGAACCUCAAACCCAUGGACGUCGCCGCAUUCGAUAAAACAGGCAUCAACGGCAUCGCAGGUAAUCUUGGGCAAGGUCUCACAUCCUCUUUUUUCGGUGGUGUCGAUUUUCCCAAAGUCCUCGGCGCAGUGAUGGGAGGCCUGAUGGGACCAGAGGCCAACGUAGCAGCGCUCUCGUUCGCUCAAGGGCUGGGAAGUGGUGCGGCAUCUGCUCUGCAACUGACGGAUCGUCAAGCGGGAAAUGUAUCGUUCAGAUCAGAUGGCUUGAAUGGCAUAGCGGGGAAUCUUGGCCAAGGUUUUACGACGUCGCUGCUGAAUGGUGUGAGUCUCAAUAUGGUCAUCUCCCAAGUCACAGGUAGGAUUUCUGGCCAGACAGUCUUGAAAGCUGCGCUAGGUCUGGGCAGUGGACUUGGUGAUGGGGCAGUGAUUGGGCUGGACAUCCAACCAGAUAGUGCCGUGGCUGCUCCAGAAGCACCUGCAGAUCCAGAUGUUGCGGUUGUGCUCGAGAUGUUUGGGAGGGGUCUGACUAGUUCGUUCCUGGCACAUGACACGCUGUCUCAGCUCCUAUCGAAGGCUACGGACAAUAUGUCGUUGGUAUCUGGUUCGAAGAGAAUUGCUCAAGUAUUCACUAUUGGGUUGGUUGAUGGUGUACAGCAAAGUAUCGAAAACGCAGGUGGAAUCAGCAGGGUUUUUGGACUAAGUCCCGAUCAGAUGGUUGGUAUGAUGCCACUUCCGACAUCGAGUACGUACAACGACACUGUCGGCGGCGUGGCUGUUGGGUUGGGAAAUGGUCUGGGAUUUGAAUUUGCGAAAGGUCUUCUCCAGUCUCUGGGCAAGCCUGCUCUGGAUUCAAACUCUGUACCCGCAGGUGUAGUGUCGAAUUCUUCAACCGCAAGGGCCAAACGAUCCCAUGCGGUGCGAGCUGACCAAACUCCUAUCAAACCCUCAAAAUUUAACACCUUGACCACCAGCUCAGUACUCGAUCCGUUUCUCCAGAUGGGAGUUGACGCUUUAUCCUGCGACGGCGUCGGUGGUGUAUCAUCAAUCAUCCAUGCCUUACGAGGAAGUAAAGCAUUCGAAGGAGACAGGUUCCGAAAUUUUACUUCUGCUCUAGGUGCCCUUGCAAAUCAGACAUACACAAUUGAGGAUUCUGGGAAUACUUACACCAUCAAUGUCGGGAAGCAGCUGCUCACUGUCAAUGGAAAUAGCCUGAAGAGACAUAUGGACCUGACGAUUGCACAUUAUGUUUUCGCAGCCAUCGUAUACGCCCUCGCUAUCCCUUUCAUCCUCAUUCUCAACUCGAUUCGCAACCUUGGCACACUGACAUGUUCUUCGAUCCGCUAUCCAUUCCUUCUCAAGACCCAGAGAUGGCAACUCCUCAUAGGUCUCGCAGUCGGUUUCCCAGCUCUUCUCAUAACCAUUGUCUUGGGUAUUCUUGGGGAAGGAAAACGCUCUCAUUUCUAUUCUGCUCAUGCAAUCCUCGCUCUCCUUCUAACCCUCUCCACUAUUGCCACCCUCCCACUGUUCCUCCUCCGCACUCAUAACCCUCACCCACGUAUUACUCUCGCUCACGCCCUCAACUUGACUCUUCUCUUCGCUCUUACACCCCUCACGAUUCUAACCGGUUUUCUCGACCUCUCAUCAAUCUCCUCUUGUAUAUUUCAAUUCCUGCCCCAAACCCUCUUCGUAUUUUCUGGCUUCCUGUUUGCCGCACCGCUGGUUUUUGCCGUGAGUCUGAUUGCCGUUGAGAGGGUUUGGAGGGAAGAGGGGAGGAGUUGUGGGAAUGGUGAGGGAAGUUGA